AUGGCAAGAUCUCUCCUCAAGUGCAUGAGCAUGUCGGGAAGAUUUUGGGGGGAGGCGGUACGACACGCGGUCUACCUGCUCAACCACUUGCCUACGAAGGCCAUGGGCGAGUGCACCCCGUAUGAAGCUUGGAGUGUCCAGAAGCCUGAUCUUGCACAUCUUCGGUUAUUCGGUUGCACGGUGCACGCCAGAGUCACGACGCCACAUCUGAAGAAACUUGAUGAUUGCAGCCAGCCAAUGGUGCAUCUCGGCAUCGAGGACGGCUGCAAGGCACACCGACUAUUCGAUCCACGAUGCGGGAGAAUCCAUGUAAGUCAUGAUGCUAAAUUUGAAGAAAAAUUGAAGUGGAAUUGGAACAUGGAUGCAGGAGGCAAUGAAUCGUCAAAUUUCACUAUUGAAGAUGAAUCCAACACUGAGUUAGCAGUGGACAACUCAGUUGCAAGCGGACAAGCAGGAAGGUUGUUAUCCAUGGAGCUAGGCUACCCGGCUUAUUCAUCAACAUCGAUGGGUGGAGAAGCAACGCUGGUGGCGACGCCGGCUCGAAGAUUGCUAGCAGUUGAAACUACCACGGCCUUGGAGAUGGAGGACAGUAAUGAUGGACCAGUUCGGUAUAGACAUAUCGAUGAUAUCAUGCGAGACGCUCGGUGUGUCGAGCUCGAUGAUGAAGACGUCGAAGAAGAGGCCAUGCUUGCGACAACAGAGGAGUCGUCGUAUUACCGAAGGGCAAUCAGCCAACCAGCAUGGGAGGAAGCCAUGGCCAGGGAGAUUGAAUCUAUUGAGAAAAAUUCAACCUAG